UUUAAAGAAAUAAGACAAUCUAUAAAAAAACAAAAAUGCAUAAAAUUUCUGUAUGUGUGUUACUUGUCGUUCUAGCCAGUAUACAAAGCAUUGAAGCUCAACAUUGGAGUAAUUGGUGGAUUCCUGGCGCUCCCGGAUAUAAUGGUGGGAAAAGACCUUUAUGGAAGGGGAAGAUGGAGAUUCGACAAAAUUAUCGAACGACGCCACGUGACCAUGACGUCGCUGAGGAUUCUGCUGAUGAAGCAUUCGAACAUGGCGAUAACAGCAGGGACGAAACGGCAAUUACAAUGGACGAUUUGCUAAAGAAACUCGCGAUGAUUCGACAACAUGAAAAGGACGAACAACUCUUGCAACGGAUCCUGGAAUACUAAAAAUCAAGCGCCAAGAAAUGUCUUUCUUGUUUUUUCUUGUCAUUUUCUUCCUGUGGCAGCAACGAAAACAAGAAGAAUCUUCAGUUCCAGAAUCGUUUAUGACGUAUUCGCACUCAUAAACGUGUUUGUGACGUAGAAUUUGCACCAUUCUUAUUUGUAUUGUUCCUACUGUGUGCUUACUGUGCCCAAUACACGCAUUGCAAAAAAACAUAUCUGUCAUAUCUCCAAUAGAUAUAAGCCAGCACGAACGCCUCAUUAAUAAUCGUCACAACAUCUACGUAUAGUAGGGCGGGGAAAGAUGGAACACUUUUUCAAUUUCCUUGUCCUAUUUGGAAGUGAACAGGGAACAUUCAAAAACUUAUAAAACCAUAUCCUCACGACUCUC